UUUUUAUUUUUUCACAAGUUCACAAAUGCAGUUAUAAUGUACAGUUAUUUACCAAAACAAAACAGAGCCCAAGCAUCUCAAAGAACACAAGCGAAAGACUGAAUAUUUUAACCAAAAAAUGCGCUACUUGAUAUGUUCAGUGCUAUUUGAUAAGGCAAACGAAUACCAUUGUUUUGUAAUUCUAAAUAGGCCCAACCUUAUCCCAUUUUCUUUACCUUUAGUCAAAAUACGAGGCUUACAUUUCCUACGCAGAAACAAAUACUGGCAAAUAUAAAACAAGCAUCCCUAAAACAGAAAUAUAUUCAUUUACGUCAAUGCAUAUUUUUUUCCAACUAAUCUGCCAAAUUGAUUUUGCAACAGAGCUAAAACAGCUGAUAACACUUUAUAAAUAAAAGUGAUUAAGUAGUGUCGGACAGCAUUGUGGUAGCCAAGACAGUAGACACAAGGAGUCAACAACAUACCAGUUCUAUAAAAUCCAUGAUCAUUUUUAAAAAACAUGGCCUGCAUAUACUUUCUUGUCAAAUGUGUGGUAUUGCCCAUCUUUGUUGUUAUAUUCACUUAGAUUAUGACAUUUGCCUUUCAUUACAUGAAGUGUUUAAUUUACUUGCCUCACUUUCUUGUUCGUUUUGCAGCCGCAAAAUACACGUAAACUGUAUAUCUGGAGACAACGAGUGUUCUUUGUUCUGUUAUUGGCUUCUUUGUCCGAAAAAAUCUGCUAGAUGGCGCCAUUGCUCCAUGCUGUGCUACAUAAAUUCACCAACUUGACCCCAGUGACGUCAAGACGGUCUGGCGCAUCAAGGCCACUUUCAAAACCCUAUUGGUCUGAAAAUCACAUGACAAGGUGCCUUGAAUCCAUAAUUAUGUUGCUGAUGUUUUUCACCCCCCCAAAAGAUGUCAGCGUCCUACUGUCCUUAUCCUCUUCCACAUAAAGCAGAUUGUUUUAAAUCAGAAGAAAAACAAGCUAAGUAGCAAAAUGUCAUGCCCGAACAACGUGGCAGCCAACACAUUCCUGGUGGACUCGCUGGGGGGAGGAACAUCUCCUUACAGAGGUGAGGGCUAUUCCACUAACUCUGGAAUGUAUAUGCAAGCGUCUGCAGAAUAUGGUUGUUCCAUGAUGAUGGGUAGUUUUGGCAUUGUUGGUACCCCUCUCUCCAAACGGGAUGAGCUGCAACCGAGUGGGAUGCAUCUCAGCACUUACCAGCACUCGCAUUACCUGUCGCAGCGGGACAUUUGGACCGUAGGCUCUAAAACUUACAGAGGCUCACAACCUGUUGCCCAGGCUUUGCACCCAUGCUCAUUUCCAGCCAGUAAUGUGAAGGAGGAAGCGAUCCCUUGUCUUUACCAGACUGAUAUCGACAGCGCUAAAGAGAAAUCCACCUACAUCCGUCUGGGAGACAAUAGCAGCCACACGAAUCAAAGCACCGUCUCCACCCCCGAUUAUUUCCAACGGAGCCAGGUGUACACCAGUGAAAGGGGCCACCAUGGAGAUGAGUUCGGCUCGGACUUUAACCCAAUACUCCGAAAUUCAACGCCGGUAGAGGCACUAGCAGGAGAUUCUUAUGUCAAAGCCAGCAAAGCAAGGCAGGACCCAGAAGACAUGGCAGGGAAUACGCAGGAGGGCGACAUGGAAAAGAGACCAUCUAGAAAAGAGGAGAGUGUCUUAAAAACAGACAGUUGUACCGAUGAUUCCGAGAGCGAAUUGAAAGAUGAGGAUAAAUUGGAAAAAGCAACUGGAGACUGGCUAAAAGCGAAAAGUGGACGAAAGAAGAGAUGUCCUUAUACAAAGCAUCAGACACUUGAGCUGGAAAAAGAGUUCUUGUUCAACAUGUACUUGACUCGAGAGCGCCGUCUGGAGAUCAGCAAGUGUAUCAACCUCACAGACAGACAGGUCAAGAUCUGGUUCCAAAACAGAAGGAUGAAGCUAAAGAAGCUCAACAGAGAAAGUCGCGUCCGGGAGCUAACUGGCUAUAGCUUCAACUGAUGGCUAAAAAACACACAAAAGAAGAAUUAAGCAAAUACAUACUGUCUCUGGUCUCCCCCCGUUUUGCAAAUUUCUCUUUUUUUCCUCCCAGUUCUUCUCUUUAAUUCACAGACAUAUACUCAAAAUAUAAAAUAUCAAAGCACUACUGGGGUAAAACGCUGGCCAGUUGCAAAAGAACUGGAAAUCUCUUGCAAGCAGUUUUACAUUUAGUCAGCACUUGAACCUAACCUAUCAUUGAGGAACAGACAAGAAUAGCAUUGUAAAUAUGCCAGAAGAGGAUUAAAAGGACGCUUGAUGGAAAUAUUAGUGAUAGAUUUGUAUUACUAAACUCCUCAACUCGGAAUAUAUUUAGAAAGAGAUUAUGAUGUCUUAGAUUAGCUUGUUUAUCGUCAGUGCGCUUGUCCUACACAAUGCGUGCUCUGUAUUUUGCAUGCUUUGUUUUUUAAGUGUACUUGCCAUUUUGAUGUUUAACACAAGAGGCUGAUAAAUAAAACAGGGGAUGGGAAAAUCUAAUGUCAUGGUAUGUCCUUCCCCUUGCCUAUGUUCUCCUGUAUUCUGUUGACAAAGAGAAACUUUGGUGAAGACAGAAAAGAGAGGUAGAAGGAGAACGUGCAUAGCACUUCCAAUAUGAGUGGGAGACCUAUAACGUUGAUUUAAAUAUUAUCCAGGUGACCACAGUAAGUCAAGGUCAUAAAAUUGUAAUGUCAUGACGGUCCUGGAAGCGCUGGGGGUGGAUUUUAUGAUCUGCAAAUAUAAUGUGCUGCUGCAGUAAAGAUGCAUUAAAAGGUGAGUGGAGGAGGGCUAAUUCACAUACUCGGCACUGCAAUGUGCUGGCCUCACUGACGCGCUCUGCGGUCUGCCUGGCUGUUUUGGAACCCGGAACUUUCAAUAUGGAGUAAUGGAAUGCUAUGAUGCGAUGGACCGAACACGGAUAAAUGAUAAGAACUACAACAACAACAGUGAAUGAAUGAGUGGAUCCUAUGAGCUACGUUUAUCAGACCAUGUAAAGAAAACUCAAGCGGAUGAGGAAAUGAUGAACAUCGGGAAAGAAGGACCGCGUCGUUAAACUGGAGAGCAGCUCUGUAUGGACACAACCUGGUGAAGAAAACAAGCAUUUGACAAGACAUUAUGAAGGCCAUGUGUGGAACUUUCAAAAACCUUCCUAUUUCCCCUCUGCUGAUGUCAUCCACCCCACGAAUGAAGCACCUAA